UGUACAACAUACACUUCUUGUUAUUGACAUGCAUAUAUAAACCCCGAUCCUCACCGAUCAGUACCCACCCAAACAUUUUGCACUCGAACCAAAUUUCAGCAUUUGGUUGAUCAUCUUCUUCAAUUUUUAUUAGCCGGCCGAAUUCAGAAGUCUCAAGAAUUAUUUUUCAUACAAAGCUCUUUUAGAUUGCAUAAUCUUCUGCCUGGUUAUAUAAUUUCAACUAAACCAAUCAUGCAGCAAAGGAUCGUGGUUAGGGUGCCUAUGAAAAAAGAAAAGGACCGAUCAAAGGCGAUGAAGAUUGUGGUCGGAAUAAUAGGUGUGAGCUCAGUGAAGAUAGGAGGAGAAGAUAAAGACAUAGUGAUCGUGAUCGGAAAUGAAGUGGAUGCGGUGACCUUGACUCAUUCGCUUGUCAAGAAAUUUGGUAGCGCCACCACUCUGGUGAGGGUGGAGCCCUUCUUCAACCGUGGAUCUGGUGAAGACGAAUAUGAAGCAGCUGCUGCGGCUGCAUCUGUAAUGUAUCAAGGUCAACAAAAAUAUUACGGCACUUAUUAUGGCCAGCCGGCUAGCUACUACUACAAUCCUCCGCCGCAAUAUUAUCCUCCUCCUCCUCAGUAUUAUUAUUCAUGUGAUCGGCCAGUGGAUGAUUCAGGCUGCUCCAUCAUGUGAAUACACAAGUAUGGCUAGUUAUUUUGGUUGUCAAAAUCCACCUCUAGCAAAUCAGCAUUGUGUCGAGAUUUUCAAAUACUGUCAUUGAUUAGUUUUUCAUUAACUUGUGAUUAUCAAGGAUUUCUGAUUUUGUAUGUAAAUUGUAAUGAAUCUUACACAUUAAGCGUGAUGCAGGUUCAUCUGUC